AUGACGACUGUAGAACGUCUCGACAGGCCAAGCGCCUAUCAUACCUCAAAGGCAGGAUCACUACCCAAAAACGUGCUGACACUAUCUAACAAUUUUCAGCAGAAGCGACGACGAUACAGCGACGAUCGAGGCAACGACAACAAACAAGUUGCGGAAGACGAGUCUCUGAAAGAUGCGACAACUCUCUACGUAGGCAAUCUGUCCUUCUACACCACCGAAGAACAAAUCCACGAGUUAUUCUCCAAAUGUGGUGAGAUCAAGCGCAUCGUCAUGGGUCUGGAUCGAUUCCAAAAGACGCCCUGUGGCUUCUGUUUCGUCGAGUAUUACACCCACCAAGACGCCCUCGAUUGCCUGAAAUACGUUGGAGGUACAAAGCUCGAUGAACGCCUGGUCCGAACCGACCUCGAUCCUGGGUUUGAAGAGGGCCGUCAAUAUGGACGAGGCAAAUCUGGUGGUCAAGUAAGAGAUGAGCACCGUGAAGAGUAUGAUCCUGGCCGAGGUGGUUAUGGCCGAGCCAUCGACAAAGAAGACCAAUACGAAUGA